AUGAGUCAGCCACCGUCCGGGGGCGCUGCCCCAGCCGCAACCUCAGCUUCUGCUGCCGCCGCAGCCACGGAGGGUCGCCUGCACCCGGAGGGCAGCAGCAGAAAGCAACAGCGAGCUCAGUCACCUGCUAGGCCUAGGGACAAUUCUUUCCGACAGACCGCCGCGGCCACGCGGUCCCCGCUUGGGGUCGGCACUAAACUCAAUUCCGUUCGGCAGCAGCAGCAGCUGCAGCAGCAGCAGCAGCAGCAGCAGCAGCAACAGCAGGGUACCAAGAUAACCGGUCGCGGUGCCUCUGGGGCCGGCUCUAGAGGAUGCGGAGGCGGGGCGGAGAAGGCGACGCCCGCGGUACCCAAAGGGGCUGCUCCCGGAGCUGUCCAGCCCGCGCCUGGUGCUGAAGGGCCCCCCGCGGCUAUCCUGGCCGCUGUGAGCGGCAGGAGGCCCGGACCACCCGAGGACCCACCCCGGGAGAUAGAGUCGGUGCCCUCGAAAGUCGGGGAACCCCCUCCGCUCGGGGGAGGAGGGGGAGGGGGCGGGGAAGGAGGAGGAGCCGGCGGCGGCCCGGGGGACCGGGAGGGGGGCGCUCCGCAGCCGCCACCGCCCAGGGUUUGGCGAGGGAAAGGCGUCCGCGCCUCGCAGAGGGGUAGCAGCGGCGGGGAGGGGGUCUCCCCUGCGCCAUCCACCGCUGCUACAAGCAGAACCCCCGGCCCGGGCGGCAGAAACUCUGGAAGCGGCGUCGCAGGGGGCGGCAGCGGAGGUGGAGGGAGCUACUGGAAGGAGGGAUGUCUGCAGUCUGAGCUCAUCCAGUUCCAUCUCAAGAAGGAGCGGGCGGCGGCGGCGGCGGCCGCGGCUCAGAUGCACACGAAAAACGGCGGUGGCGGUGGCAGCCGCAGCUCCCCGGUCGCCGGCGCCCCUGCCAUCUGUGAGCCCCUUGUGGUCCCCUCCUCCUCCUCCUCCUCUUCCUCCUCCCCAAUGGCCGCCGCCGCCGAGGGCCCCCAGCAGAGCGCAGAGAGCGGCGGCGGCGGCGGGGCCAUGCAGGCGGCGGCUCCCCCAUCGUCGCCGGCCCACCCGCCGCAGCUCCAGGAGCAGGAGGAGAUGCAGGAGGAGAUGGAGAAGCUGCGGGAAGAGAACGAGACUCUCAAGAACGAGAUCGAUGAGCUGAGGACCGAGAUGGACGAGAUGAGAGAUACUUUCUUCGAGGAGGACGCCUGUCAGCUGCAGGAAAUGCGCCAUGAGUUGGAGAGAGCCAACAAAAACUGCCGGAUCCUGCAGUACCGCCUCCGCAAAGCCGAGCGCAAAAGGCUCCGUUACGCGCAGACGGGGGAAAUUGAUGGCGAGCUGUUGCGCAGCCUGGAGCAGGACCUCAAGGUUGCAAAGGACGUAUCUGUGAGACUCCACCACGAACUGGAAAAUGUGGAAGAAAAAAGGACAACAACAGAGGAUGAAAAUGAGAAGCUGAGGCAGCAGCUUAUAGAAGUUGAAAUUGCAAAGCAAGCCUUACAGAAUGAACUGGAAAAAAUGAAGGAGCUAUCCUUAAAAAGAAGAGGAAGUAAAGAUUUGCCAAAAUCCGAAAAAAAGGCUCAACAGACGCCCACAGAGGAGGACAAUGAGGAUUUGAAGUGCCAGCUGCAGUUCGUUAAGGAAGAAGCUGCCCUGAUGAGAAAGAAAAUGGCCAAGAUUGAUAAAGAAAAGGACAGAUUUGAGCAUGAACUCCAGAAGUACAGAUCCUUCUAUGGGGAUCUGGACAGCCCUCUACCCAAAGGAGAAGCUGGGGGACCUCCCAGCACCAGGGAGGCGGAGCUCAAGCUGCGGCUGCGGCUGGUGGAGGAAGAGGCCAACAUCCUGGGCAGGAAAAUAGUGGAACUCGAGGUAGAGAACCGAGGCCUGAAGGCGGAACUGGACGACCUGCGGGGCGAUGACUUCAACGGUUCGGCCAACCCCCUCAUGAGGGAGCAGAGCGAGUCCUUGUCUGAGCUGAGGCAGCACCUGCAGCUGGUGGAGGACGAGACCGAACUGCUGCGGAGGAACGUGGCCGACCUGGAGGAGCAGAACAAACGCAUCACCGCGGAGCUCAACAAAUACAAGUACAAGUCCAGCGGCCACGACAGCUCCAGGCACCACGACAGCGCCAAGACCGAGGCCCUGCAGGAGGAGCUGAAGGCGGCGCGCCUGCAGAUCAACGAGCUGAGCGGCAAGGUCAUGCAGCUGCAGUACGAGAACCGCGUGCUCAUGUCCAACAUGCAGCGCUACGACCUGGCCUCACACCUGGGGAUCCGCGGCAGCCCCCGCGACAGCGACGCCGAGAGCGACGCGGGCAAGAAGGAGAGCGACGACGACUCCCGGCCUCCCCAUCGCAAGCGCGAAGGGCCGAUUGGCGGCGAGAGCGACUCGGAGGAGGUGCGGAACAUCCGCUCCCUCACGCCCACCCGCUCCUUCUACCCGGCACCGGGACCCUGGCCCAAGAGCUUCUCCGAUCGACAGCAGAUGAAGGACAUCCGCUCCGAGGCCGAGCGCCUGGGAAAGACCAUCGAUCGGCUCAUCGCGGACACGAGCACCAUCAUCACCGAGGCGCGCAUCUACGUGGCCAACGGGGACCUGUUCGGACUGAUGGACGAGGAGGACGACGGCAGCCGCAUCCGGGAGCACGAGCUGCUCUACCGCAUCAACGCGCAGAUGAAGGCCUUCCGCAAGGAGCUGCAGACCUUCAUCGACCGCCUGGAGGUGCCCAAGUCUGCGGAUGACCGCGGCGCCGAGGAGCCCAUAUCCGUGAGUCAGAUGUUCCAGCCCAUCAUUUUACUUAUUCUCAUCCUUGUAUUAUUUUCGUCACUUUCUUACACAACAAUAUUUAAACUUGUCUUCCUUUUCACACUGUUUUUUGUACUGUAAGCCCCUUCAU